CUCGUCGCGACAGCCAUUGAACAAACAUGCGACGACGGGUUAAUCCUCAACUCCAACCACGUCAAGGAUCGAGGCAGCAACACACGAGAUACAGACACAGACGAUGUUUGCCGCUGCAAUGGGGGUAUUCUUAGCCGUGUUCAUUGCGCUUCUGGGUUUGUCCAGUGCCCAUGGCUCACACUCGCAAGAAGAACUUGCCAAUCCCGCGGACGACUGGGCAUUGUACCAUAUGCAAGAAGAGCACCAUAUCUCCAACUUCGAUCCAGCCUCAUUCUUCGCUCUCCAUGAUUUCAACAACGAUGGCGCCUGGACACCUGACGAAGUCCGCCGAACAUAUGGCCUGGACGACGAAUCUCUUAAAUCCACUCCCGCCGAUACCAAAGACAAGGCCGUCCUUAACGUAUUCAAACUGUUUGACCCUCAUAGCACCGGUCUCAUCACCCGCGAUCAGUGGCUGGACGGCAUACGGGCCGGCAAGAAGCUCCCCGACUCUGGGUUAGGCCCAGGCCAUCACGGUGACGACGAAUACGAAUAUGAGAUCCACCAUUUCGAGAAAUACCACGAUGAGAAUACGAAAGAGGAGGAUCUGAUUCAUCCCGAAGACAUCGAGCACUUCAGGAAACACGACAUGAUGGAAGACGAGGCUUAUCGCAUCCUGAGAGAACAACAACAGAGCAUUGUGGAGAGGAAUAUCCCGCUCAAAUUUAGGAGACAGCCGUGAGGUCUUGCGAGGCGUUCUGGCGGCUCAUGACCAUGGAAGAAUCUGUAAGAGUACAAAAUAGAAAUGAGGUGGAAGGCGAAGGACAUCAGCCAUUGGGCUUGAUCUCAAUAUCAAAUACACAAUGCAUAACGCCGGGCGCAUAUGUCUUGACUUGCUCAACAUGUGCGCCAGAAGCUGCGUACGGACAUCGAACUCUUUGCCGUAUCAGUCCGUCGACUUCGCCCACAA